AUGCGCGCGACAUUGCCAUCCGCAUUCUUGGCCCUGCUGUCCCUGGUGGGCGGCUCUCUGGCAGCCGAUGCCGACAAGACCACCACGGCAGAAGCCUGUACGGCGACGAAUCCGAAAUCCGGCGCCUUUUUUGACCUGCGGCCCGACAUUGCCGUCAAGUUGCCAUCUGACGGAUCCAAGGUGAAGAGCGGUGUGCCGACAAAGGACUACAAAAUCAAUGGCUACGAUUAUGGAUGGAACUUUACCAUGAACAUUUGCGCUCCGGUGGUUGAAGAGAUUAGCAACGUCCGCGGCGAGAUCAAUCAGGAGCAAUGGGGCAACAUUAGCGCAUACUACACCAUCAAGGGCGACACGUACAGUCUUGGCUUUUCCAACGGCGAGCUGAAGCGACGAGGAACGAAGCUGGUCCUUCAAUACACGGGAGGUUCGACAUGCGGACCGAGUGCAAAGAGGGAUAUUGAGAGAGUUCCUACAAGGCGAUCGGUGCACAGCGGCGCCUCGUACAAGUACUCGGACUAUGACGAUGAAGAUGAGCGCUCCGUGGCUACCGAAAGUGUCCAUGCGUCCAAGGAAACCGAUUCUCCAAAACAGCGCAAGUCUGCGACCAUUUCUUUCCACUGCGAUCGGGACCCCUCAGCCUCGAGCGCCACGGUAGCAUUUGUCAGCGUAGACCCCGAUGAAUGCGCAUACAACUUUGAGGCGCGCUCGAUUCAUGCAUGUGCUGGCGCUGAGCAGCAUACUGCAGGCAGUGUUGGCCCAGGUGCAGUGUUUGGAAUCAUCUUGGCUGUAGCCAUCUUGGUGUAUCUGGGAGGAGGUGUCUUUUACCAGCGCACCGUGGCCAACCAAAGAGGAUGGCGGCAGUUGCCCAACUAUUCGCUCUGGGCUGGAAUCUGGAGCUUUCUUUCGGACAUUUUCAUUGCUGCGACGGCCUCGUGCGCGCGCUUCUUCCCCAAGCGCGGAGGUUAUCAUUACCUUUCUGGCUCGCCAUCUAGGACAAGGCAGAGCCGUGACCGCGAAGCCGAGAAUAGGCUCAUUGACGAAUACGAUGAGGAGUGGGACGACUGA